AUAUUAAAAAACUCUGUCCUCGGCACAGCUCUGAUAAAUGCAAGACAAGAUGAGUAGAAACCAAGUUAGACCGCAAUCGAAGAAUAAAAUUGAUAUGGAUAUUGAUAGAGUUAGUCCAGGACUUUCCGAAAAGUAUUUUCAUCCAAAGAAAAUUGAUAAAUUAAGGAAAGCCGACUACUUGGAAGUUCUCGAUGCUGUUCGAAGUGCACCAACAACUUUAGCCAAUAAGAGAAUACUAAAGUAA